AUGGCAGUAGGAAAAGCAAAGGGUCCUAGUGUUACUAAAAAUGUGGUUAAUCAAGGGAACAUUGUUCUCCUUGGAGAAACCAAUGGGGCUAAUAAUUCUAACAUUACUUAUGAGGUGCCGGUUGAUCGGGAUUAUAUGCUUGGUUUUUCUGCUUUUUACGCUUCUAAUUGCAACAUUGCUAGACGUUCUUUGUGGUGUGAUCUCUUUCUUAUUCAUAAGAAUCAUCUAGAUGUUCCUUGGAGAUUUAUCGGGGAUUUCAACUCCAUUUUUGGAGCGCAUGAGCAUAGGGAUAGACAUAGUCCUAACAAGUCUCAUAUGAUUGAUUUUAAGUUGUGGGUUGAUCAUAACAACUUACUGGAGAUUCUCACUGAGGGUGCUUUCUUCACUUGGUCCAAUGGUCUUGGGAUUAACUCGGUGGAAAGGAAGCUUGAUAGAGCUUUUUGUAAUAACAAUUGGAUAAAUUCUUCUAUUACUAUGUCGGUAUCUUAUCUGCCUAAACUCAGGUCUAAUCAUCACCAUAUUCUUCUUUAUUCUUCUUUCUCUUCUCAAAGAAGGGCCUCUCAAUUCAAGUUUCUUGCAAUGUGGACUCUUGAUGAUAGUUGUAAAACUCUAAUCUCCACCGUUUGGGCCUCUUCGAUCUUUGGUUGUCCCAUGUUUAUUCUUGCUAAAAAGCUUAAGCUCUUGAAGACUUCUAAAGCAUGGAACAAAGACGUUUUUAGGAACAUUCACUCUUUGGUCCUUGAGGCUACAGAUGAUCUUUCCUCCGUCCAAGAUCAAUUUCUUAAGCUUAUCAUGGUUGACAAGGUCAUCCCCACCUUAAUUGACUCGAGUAUGAACAAUCUCCUCACCAUUCUUCCUUCCUAUGAGGAGAUUAUCAAUGUUGUUUUCUCUCUCAACAAAUAUAGCGUGUCGGGCCCUAACGAUUUUGGGGGAAUCUUCUUUCAUUCAUACUGGAGUAUUAUUAAGGUCAAUGUUUGUAAUGAUGUGUUACAAUUUUUUAGAAAUGGGUGGUUGCUGCCAAAUUUCAAUGCUAAUUUGGUUAUUAUCAUUCCCAAAGUCAAGGAUGCAGACUCCAUAGAUAAAUUUUGGCCUAUUGCUCUUGCGAAUUUCAAGUUUAAGAUUAUUUCCAAGAUUCUAGCUGAUAGACUUUCCUCUCUCAUGCCUUCUCUUAUUUCUAAGGAGCAACAUGGUUUUACUCAUGGGCGUAGCAUCAGAGAUUGCACUUGUCUUACUUCAAAGGUAGUGAAUGUUUAG